AUGUUGAGAUUGGGUCUGGGAUUGGGCUGGAGUGGCCCGAGGUGCUCAUGGGGUUCGAAAGUUUCAUAUGGUUUGGGUUUGAGGAAGCAACUGGAUGUAAAGGCAGCUCAGGGGGUGGUGACGUCGCGAAAGUAUAUGGUACUUGCAAUAGAAUCGUCGUGUGACGAUUCGGCGGUCUGUUUAAUUGAUCGGAGAGAAGACUCGGGUGCUCCUGUUAUUGUGGACCAUGUAACUAGAUCACUGGAUACUGCAAAGGCUGGCGGUAUCAUUCCAAUCGAUGCAGUAGCUCACCACUUGUCCAGCAUCGCACCGUUGGUAUCACAAGUGUUGGAACGUAAUGGCCUGUCAAAAGUGGAUCUGGUAUGUGCAACAAAGGGCCCGGGAAUGUUCUCGUCGCUUUCUAGUGGGUUUAAUCUUGCCAAGGGUCUCUCUAUUGCCUGGAACGUUCCAUUGAUCGGUGUGCACCAUAUGCUGGGUCAUUUGCUAACCCCGAGAUUUUUCACAAAUGGACAAGAACCUAAAUUCCCUUUUCUAUGUCUACUCACUAGUGGCGGACAUACGAUGCUGGUACUGUGUAAAAGUUUGUUCGAGCAUGAAAUCCUUGCCAAUACUAUGGAUGUCGCCAUUGGAAACUCACUAGAUAAAUGCGCCCGUGAAAUAGGUCUUAGUGGCCAGAUGUUGGGUAAAGAACUAGAAUUAUUUAUUAACGAACGUGAUGAAAGUCAUGAUCCUCAUUGCGUUCCUGCCGAAUUUGCAUUCCCCAAUCCUCUUCAAAAUAGAUGUGGUCGUAAAGAUAUGGUCGCAUUUUCAUUUGCAUCUUUUAUAUCAGUUAUGGGUCGUUCUCGUGAUCGUAUUUACGGGCCUGACACCACUCUUGCAUCACUCUCCGUGAGUCAACGUCGGGAAAUCGGGCAUCGCGCUCAGACUGCUAUAUUCAAUCAUCUAGCGAGUAAAGUCAGGCUAGCCAUUCAACAAAUGCAAGAUACCCAUGACAUGGACCCUGCAACCAACACGUCUACGUCGGCGCCUAUCGACUUUGUGUGCUCUGGAGGAGUGGCUUCGAACAAGCUUCUUCGUGAAAUGCUCUCUUCGCAACUCGGAUCAUAUAACCUGAAGUUUCACUACCCGGACCCAAAGUGGUGCACAGAUAAUGCUCUCAUGAUAGGAUGGGCUGGAAUCGAGCUCCAUGAAAGUGGCUUGUACCGUCCUACGGAGCUGGACGAAUUGCCUAUACCGAAGUGGCCUCUAGAUGAGUUCACUGCGAGUGCGUAG